UACAUACUCGUUUCUAGUUCUCAGGAGCGCGCGUCCAAGUAUAUCGAAAGGACCCUUUUGCUGUAUUAAAAAUUAACAGGAAUACAAACUACCGCUAUGAAACUUCUCUUGAUAUUUUUGCUUAUGGAGACGGUUACCUCUCUUGCUUCUACAGCCGGGGAAGAUAUCAAAUGCUACUUUUGCAAAAGUCGAGUCUCGUUUAAAGACUGUGAUGAGAACAAGAGACGUGUGCAGUGUGGUAGAGAGUUUGGGCUCAACAGAUGCGCUAAGGCGCACAUCAAGGCUUCCAGGCAAAUACAAGAAACCUACCAGCGGGGUUGCCAGAGUGCAAGUGCAUGUGAUGCACAUCCGUGCAAGGCUCGUGGUGAAGACACCUGUCAGGUGCAUUGCUGCACUGGAGACUAUUGCAACAAAUCUACCACGCGGAUGGUCAGCGGUACCAUACUAUUCAUAUUUUCAGUGCUUGUUGUUCUGAUGGGUUGACUGUUUUAAGACCUCGCUUGACCUAGGUAUCGACUGUGUCUUUUGUUGUGGUUUUGUAUUUGUCUUUUAGGAUAACUUUACGUACACGUUCCGUGGCUGUGCAAAUGUGUGCGGUUACAUUACUGCGGUCAAACGUCGGUCGUGCGCGAUGGGAUCAACUGUGGCCGACCGCGCGAAAAACUACGCGCGCAAAAUUUUAAUGAUGGAAACGAUGCCUUGAAAAAUAAACGAAAGAGGAAAUUGAAA